UGAUUGCAAUAAAUCUUCUUCAAACUCUUGAUUUGACAAAACAAAACAAUAAUGUUAACCAAACGUUUGGGUCACAUGAAAGCCGUUGCAAGUCCACAGCAUCUAAGCUUGUUGCAACAAUUGGGAUGUUCCUAUAGCACAAAGAAGCAGCAGCAAGACGUGCAACAUCAACAAAAGCCUCAGCAACAAGAAUUGCAGUCGCAGCAGCAAGAAUCGAAGGAGCCUUUGGAGAGGGGAGAUGCGGAUGAGAAUGGGGCAAUAUCGGAGGUGGAGUGGUUGACGCAGGAACUGGCAGCUGUCAAAGUGGAGCACGGUGAUCUCUUGGAGAAAUACAAACGUGCUUUGGCGGAUGGAGAGAAUAUGCGAAAGCGCCUCAACAAACAGAUCGAUGAGGCGAAAAUCUUUGGUAUACAAGGAUUCUGCAAGGAUCUCAUUGAGGUGGCCGAUGUGCUGGGGCAUGCCACACAGUCGGUGCCCAAGGAAAAACUUAGCUCGAAUGGCGAUCUGAGAAAUCUCUAUGAGGGCCUCAGCCUAACACGUGCCUCACUGUUGCAAGUAUUCAAGCGUCAUGGUCUCGAGACUCUCGAUCCGAUUAAUCAGAAAUUCGAUCCCAAUUUGCAUGAGGCUCUUUUCCAGACCGAAGACGACUCGGUUGAGGCCAAUACUGUGGUCCAGGUAACCAAAUUGGGCUACAAAUUGCACAAGCGUUGCAUACGCCCAGCCUUAGUGGGCGUGUCCAAACGUUAAUAGCCUAGACAUAUCUACAAAUCCAAACAGUUCAAAGUUCAUGUCGAUGUUCACUUACUAUAGUUUGCUAAAUUAUCAUUGUCAUGCUACAAAAUUCACUUAAAUAAUAAAUACAUCAAAAAACGAAAAC